UUGCGCCUCCGACAACGCCCUCCCGGUCCCGCCUCGCGCUUCCCCUCCCACCACACUCUCUCGCUGAGAGAGAGAGAGGCAAGAGACACCCCUGGAUUUCUUAGCGGCCCCCCAAAGAAGGAAACAAACAAAGAGUUUGUUAAACAACCCCACUCGCUUCUCAACUACCAAGGGCCUGAUUGCCAAGAAGUGAAGAAUUAGGGGCUGGAUCAUCUUCGGUACACAAUGAAGAUUGACUUUGGUUUUUCUGUCCAAGGCGUCAUAUGUUUGAUGAGUUCACUAUCUGCCAUGCUUUGCUGCCAUCCCCAUUGCUUCUAAGAAACCACAGUUUGGAGACAGGCCAUUGACUCUCCCUCCACCCUUCACUGAAGACAGCUGGGAUCAGCAACGCAAGGCCACAGCAGGAAACCUCAACCUUUGAAAACAAAACCCACCCGCCUUCUGAAUCCCUCGCACCAUUUCCUCUCCUUCUAGGAUAAAGGCCUCUGGAUCCUAAGGGAUAGCUGAGAUCUUUCCUUGGCGAGGAGAACUUGCCUCUCCAUCAAGUGUUUCCUCUCUUGUGGAGUUAAACGGCUGUAGUGCCUAUUACCAGAGCCAUCCUCUCUGGUGUGAGUGGCUUUAAUUUUGUUUUUCUCGUAAGGGAGAAAAAAAGAAAGCUUCUUUCAAAAAUGGGCUUUACCUUCCGCUCUGCCUCUUUCACCCUGAAGCUGAGCUUGGUGCUGGGCUCCUUGCUCAGCCUCUGUCUUGGACUAGAGUUCAUGGGGCUCCCCAGCCAGUGGGCCCGUUACCUCCGCUGGGAUGCAAGCACAAGGAGUGACCUCAGCUUCCAGCUGAAGACCAACGUCUCAGCUGGGCUGCUUCUCUACUUUGACGAUGGCGGUGUCUGUGACUUCCUCUGUUUGUCCUUGGUGGAUGGGCGCAUUCAGCUCCGGUUCAGUGUGGACUGUGCUGAGGCCACAGUUGUCACGGAUAAGCAGGUCAAUGACAGCAACCUGCACUUCUUGAUGGUUAGCCGCAACCACCUCCGGACUGUUCUUGUGCUGGACGGGGAAGCCAAACCUGGCGAAGUGCGCCCUCAGCGCCAGUACAUGAAUAUUGUCAGCGACCUCUUUGUGGGAGGUGUCCCAUCAGACAUCCGCCCUGCUGCCUUGACCCUCGACAGUGUCCUGAGUGAGCCACCAUUUAAAGGAUUUAUCUUGGACCUGAAAUACGGCAAUUCAGAACCCCAACUCUUGGGCCACCAAGGGGUCCGCCUGGACAUGGAAGGGCUAUGUACAGAGAACCCUUGCGAGAAUGGUGGAACUUGCUUUCUCCUGGAUGGCGAGCCACAGUGCGAUUGCUCAGCCACUGGAUACAUUGGGAAACUCUGUUCUGAAGAUGUCAAUCGUGUUCCAGGCCUUUCACACCUGAUGAUGGGUGAACAAGCAAGGGACGAGAAUGUAGCCACCUUCCGUGGUUCCGAAUACCUUUGCUAUGACCUCUCUCAGAACCCAAUCCAGAGCAGCAGCGAUGAGAUCACACUCUCCUUCAAGACGUGGCAGCGCAAUGGGCUUAUCCUACACACGGGCAAGUCGGCCGAUUACGUCAACUUGGCUCUGAAAGACGGCGCGGUCUCAUUGAUCAUUAACCUGGGGUCCGGAGCCUUUGAGGCCAUUGUGGAGCCAGUCAGUGGCAAAUUUAAUGACAACCAUUGGCACGACGUUAAAGUGACACGCAACCUGCGGCAGCACUCAGGCAUUGGACACGCUAUGGUGACAAUCUCUGUGGAUGGAAUCCUCACCACCACGGGCUACACACAAGAGGACUAUACCAUGCUAGGCUCAGACGACUUCUUCUACGUAGGUGGGAGCCCCAGUACAGCUGAUUUGCCUGGUUCGCCUAUCAGCAAUAACUUCAUGGGCUGCCUCAAAGAGGUUGUUUAUAAGAAUAAUGACAUCCGUCUGGAGCUGUCUCGCUUGGCAAGGAUUGGUGACACAAAAAUGAAAAUCUAUGGGGAGGUGAAGUUCAUGUGUGAGAACGUGGCCACACUGGACCCCAUCAAUUUUGAGACACCCGAGGCCUACAUUAGCCUGCCUAAGUGGAACACCAAGCGCAUGGGGUCCAUCUCCUUUGACUUCCGCACCACAGAGCCAAAUGGUCUUAUACUCUUCACCCACGGCAAGCCCCAGGAGAGGAAGGAUUCCAGGAGCCAGAAGAACACCAAAGUGGACUUCUUUGCAGUGGAACUCUUGGAUGGGAACCUCUACCUACUUCUCGACAUGGGCUCUGGAACAGUCAAAGUGAAGGCCACUCAGAGGAAAGCUAAUGAUGGAGAAUGGUAUCACGUUGAUAUUCAGAGAGAUGGCAGAUCAGGCACCAUAUCGGUGAACAGCAGACGGACACCCUUCACUGCUAGCGGGGAGAGUGAGAUCUUGGAUCUGGAAGGGGACAUGUAUCUGGGCGGACUGCCUGAAAACCGGGCAGGCCUCGUCCUCCCUACUGAGCUCUGGACAGCCAUGUUGAACUAUGGCUAUGUGGGCUGCAUCCGAGAUCUCUUCAUCGAUGGGCGGAGCAAGAACAUCCGGCAGCUGGCAGAACAGCAAAACGCUGCUGGGGUCAAAUCAUCCUGCAGUCGGCACAACACCAAGCAGUGCGACAGCUAUCCUUGUAAGAACAAUGCGGUUUGCAAAGAUGGCUGGAACCGCUUCAUCUGUGACUGCACUGGCACUGGCUACUGGGGGAGAACGUGUGAGCGAGAGGCAUCGAUUCUGAGUUAUGAUGGCAGCAUGUACAUGAAGAUCAUUAUGCCGAUGGUCAUGCACACAGAGGCAGAGGAUGUGUCCUUCCGCUUCAUGUCUCAGCGGGCUUACGGGCUCCUGAUGGCCACCACAUCCCGUGAUUCAGCCGAUACCCUGCGGCUAGAGCUGGAUGGAGGCCGUGUCAAACUCAUGGUCAAUCUAGACUGUAUCAGGAUAAACUGUAACGCCAGUAAAGGACCUGAGACGCUUUAUGCUGGGCAGAAACUCAAUGACAAUGAAUGGCACACAGUCCGUGUGGUACGUCGGGGAAAGAGUCUCAAGCUGACAGUGGAUGAUGAUGUUGCCGAAGGUACUAUGGUUGGUGACCACACCCGCUUGGAAUUCCACAAUAUUGAGACUGGGAUAAUGACAGAGAAGCGUUAUAUCUCUGUCAUUCCCUCCAGCUUCAUUGGCCACCUCCAGAGCCUCAUGUUCAAUGGCCUUCUCUACAUUGACUUGUGCAAGAAUGGUGACAUUGAUUACUGUGAACUGAAAGCCCGCUUUGGGCUGCGCAACAUCAUUGCGGACCCUGUCACCUUCAAGACCAAGAGCAGCUACUUGAGCUUGGCAACUUUGCAGGCCUACACCUCCAUGCACCUCUUCUUCCAGUUCAAGACAACCUCUGCUGAUGGCUUCAUCCUUUUCAACAGUGGUGAUGGAAAUGAUUUCAUUGCAGUUGAGCUGGUCAAGGGGUAUAUACACUACGUGUUUGACCUUGGGAAUGGACCUAAUGUCAUCAAAGGCAAUAGUGACCGUCCUUUGAAUGACAACCAGUGGCACAAUGUAGUCAUCUCCCGAGACAACAGCAACACCCACAGCCUGAAAGUGGACACCAGGGUUGUUACUCAGGUCAUCAAUGGUGCCAAAAACCUUGACCUUAAGGGUGAUCUUUACAUUGCUGGCCUAGUUCAAGGAAUGUACAGCAACCUCCCCAAGUUGGUAGCAUCUCGUGAUGGGUUUCAAGGCUGCCUGGCAUCGGUGGACUUGAACGGGCGCCUGCCAGAUCUUAUUAACGAUGCUCUUCACCGCAGCGGGCAGAUUGAGCGUGGAUGUGAAGUUGAGUUGACCAAAGCUGACCUGCAAGGACCAAGCACCACUUGCCAAGAAGACUCCUGUGCCAACCAAGGCAUCUGCAUCCAGCAAUGGGAAGGCUUCAUUUGUGACUGUUCCAUGACUUCCUACUCUGGGAACCAGUGCAAUGAUCCUGGUGCCACAUAUAUAUUUGGGAAAAGUGGAGGCCUCAUCCUUUACACCUGGCCAGCAAAUGACAGGCCCAGCACGAGGACGGACCGCCUUGCUGUCGGGUUCAGCACAACAGUGAAAGAUGGCAUCUUGGUUCGGAUCGACAGUGCGCCUGGCCUUACUGACUUCCUGCAGCUUCACAUAGAACAAGGCAAGAUUGGUGUAGUUUUCAACAUUGGAACAGUAGAUAUCUCGAUCAAAGAAGAAAGCACCCCAGUCAAUGAUGGCAAAUAUCACGUCGUACGCUUUACCCGAAAUGGUGGCAAUGCUACUCUUCAGGUAGAUGGUUGGCCAGUGAAUGAACACUAUCCUUCAGGCAACACUGAUACUGCGUUCCAAUUGGUAAAACAGAAAAUCCCCUUCAAAUAUAACCGGCCCGUAGAGGAAUGGCUGCAGGAAAAAGAUGAUGCAACAGCGCAUCACCACUUGACUUCGAGACCUGCCACGACGACCAAAAUUGGACGACAGUUAACGAUCUUCAACACCCAGGCGCAAAUAGCCAUUGGAGGAAAAGAUAGAGGGCGUCUCUUCCAAGGCCAGCUCUCCGGUCUCUAUUACAAUGGUUUGAAAGUGCUGAACAUGGCAGCAGAGAGCAGCCCCAACAUCAAGAUCAAUGGAAGUGUCCGGCUGGUGGGAGAAGUGCCAUCCAUCUUGGGAACCGCACCUACAACCUCCAUGCCACCAGAGAUGUCUACAACAGUCAUGGAGACCACCACUACUAUGGCCACUACUACAACCCGAAGAAACCGCUCCACACCUACCAUUCAGACAACAGAUGACCUCAUUUCCUCAGACCAUUCAGCGGAAUGUUCUAAUGAUGACGAAGACCUCAUUGAAUGUGAGCAGAGUGUAGGUAAGCCAGGAGGUGAAUUAGUUAUCCCUCUUCUUGUAGAAGACCCUUUAGAUAUCCCUCCUAUUGCUACUCGUGCACCUUUCAUUACACUCCCUACUACCUUCCGCCCCCUCCUCACCAUUAUUGAGACCACCAAAGAUUCCCUGUCCAUGACCUCUGAGGCGGGGUUACCUUGCUUGUCGGACCAAGGCAGCGAUGGUUGUGAUGAUGAUGGCUUGGUGAUAUCUGGGUAUGGCUCAGGGGAAACCUUUGACUCUAACCUACCCCCUACUGAUGAUGAAGAUUUUUACACCACCUUCUCCUUGGUAACAGAUAAGAGCCUUUCCACUUCCAUCUUCGAAGGUGGCUACAAAGCACACGCACCCAAAUGGGAAGCCAAGGACUUUAGACCUAACAAAGUCUCCGAAACUGGUAGGACUACUACUACCACAGCUUUGUCCCCUGAGCUGAUCCGCUCCACAGCUUCGUCCUCGACUGGGAUGGUGCCCAAAUUGCCAGCCGGCAACAUGAAUAACCGUGACCUCAAACCCCAGCCUGACAUAGUCUUGCUUCCGUUGCCCACUGCCUAUGAGCUAGACAGCACAAAGCUGAAGAGCCCGCUAAUAACUUCCCCCAUGUUCCGUAAUGUGCCCACAGCAAACCCCACGGAGCCAGGCAUCAGACGGGUUCCGGGGGCCUCAGAGGUGGUCCGAGAGUCGAGCAGCACGACGGGGAUGGUCGUCGGCAUUGUGGCUGCCGCCGCCCUCUGCAUCCUGAUCCUCCUGUAUGCCAUGUACAAGUACAGGAACAGGGACGAGGGGUCCUAUCAGGUGGACGAGACGCGGAACUACAUCAGCAACUCGGCCCAGAGCAACGGCACGCUCAUGAAGGAGAAGCAGCAGAGCGCAAAGAGCGGCCACAAGAAACAGAAAAACAAGGACAAAGAAUAUUACGUGUAAAAAAAUAAAAAUAAAUGAAAAUAAAAUGAAAAAAAUUAUAAAAAAUACUUAUUUAUAUAUAUAAAUAUAUAAAUAUUUAAUGAGAUAGAACUGAAUCUUAAAAAAAAAAACUGUUACAGCUAACGAGAUUGGGAGCUGCAGUUUGUGGUUUUUUUUAAUUAAAAAAAAACCAAAUCUUGAGAAUAAACAUUUCGGCUGUUGACGUGCUAAGUUUUCAGUCACCGCUCGGGAGUCCCCAAACUCUGUACCCUACUGUAUUAUAAAGCACACUUAGCGUUCCGAAGAAGGCAUAUGCAGCAUUUACCAUGUUGGCGGACUUGGACAGCCUUCAGGCCUCCUCCUCAGCUGAACUUUUCUGCAAAAGGCAGAAGACUUCAUGGCUUACUUGUUUCGUAUCUCCAAGUGAGUCUUUAAUGAUGUUCAUGAUCUUUGACUGUACGCUAAUUUUUUUGUUGUUUUUGUUUAGUUUCAAUUAUUUUGAAAAAAAAAUGACAAACAAAAAAAGAAAAAGAAAAAAAAUGACAAAUGUUAUAAACACACACACACACACACACGACAACAACAGCAACCACCGAUCUGGCCCUGACCAGCUUAUCUCUUUUUUUUUCCAAGUUGUGAAGGGGGAGGGGAGAAAAAAAUUAAUAAAUGGUGUGGGGUUUUCAUUAUGUUUUUUGUCUGAGUUCUUUUCAUUUUCUGUGAGGGUUUUUGGGAGAAUGAGCCAGGACAUAAGUCAAGAAGAAACCUUGGGGAUUUUUUUUUAAAGAAAUAGUAAUAAAGAGAGACUGUUGCCAUAUAUGAACUCAAGUUCUACUGACGGUGUUUGCUCUACAUAUCAGGUUGUGUUGUCUCUUGAAUUUGUUGUCUGCAGUAAGUUGUUAACGUAAAAACAAACAAACAAACAAACAAAGGACAGGUGAUGGGGUGGCAGUGAUGGUGGUGAUGCCGAGAAUGACAGUAAUGGAGAAUUACACACCCCUCCACGCCCCCCAGCCAUCAUCUGGCUCUCGUAUUUAUGACUGAAGUCAUGAGGAGAUAACAUGGUUUCUUCUUUGACUAGGGGCCCCCAUUGGCUGUAUUUGACUAAAGCUUAGUAUACAUUAGUAUAGCUGAGCUACGGGGGAAUAAAAGGGACUGAGAAACCAAACCAAGCAAAACAAAACAAGAUACUGAGCCAUUCUGAAUUGAACAGACCAAGCAAAAAUAAAGGAGCCAUUUUCUGGGUUCUGGCUCCUUGGCUGAUGGUAAUGCAUGAAUGCAAACAAUAGUAAAUCAGUUGAAUUGAAUGUUUAGAAAGAGUAUACUGAGUUCAACUUGUGACAAGAUCUACAAAAUGUCGCACGAGCCAAAAACAUGUCAUGAACGAGUACAAAAAUAGGGGUGGGUGCUUUUUUAAAAAUAAAGAAAAUAAAGAAAACCAUGAAGGUGUGUUUCAUAUGUAACAAUUUAAUUUUGUAGAUUUGACAUUUCUGAUUCGCUGUCCUUCCAUUUUCCCGAUUCUCCCUUUCCUUUAUCUUUUAUACGAAAGAAGAUAAAUUUAAGAAGUCUCUAUGACACACAGAAAUAAAUAAAAAAAACUAAAGGAGCUUAUUAAUAGUAUAAUAUAUAUAAAUAUAUAUAUAUAUAUACAGAUAUAUUUAUCAUGGUAUGUUUGAUGGGACGACUGGAACAGAAAUGCUGUUAAAGUCUUAAGAUGAAAUGAGAAUGUUGUAAAGAAAAAAAUGUUUUUACAAAACAACAAAAAGCUAAACUUUAAAAAUAUGAAGAGUGUGUGCAUUUUAACUUUGUCACAGUUAUCUGUGUCAAAAAGAUUUUAAGAAGAAAAAAAGAUUUUGUUUACAUAUUUUACUACAGUUUUCUUUUUGACUGGUGUAAUUUCUAGAUGGGUACCCUGUUGUACAUAUGUUCUGAGAUUUCAUUGGGUUGUUGUUUAUAUUCAAUGUACUUAAUUUCAAUUGUUGUUUUUUAUUAUUUUUCCUUCCAUUAAGAGAGCAACUUGCUGUACAGGGAAAACAAAUAACCAACUGGGGGUUUUUUGGCCAUAAAUAUCAUGUGCAAAAAAAAAAUUACAAAAAAUUAAGCAAAAAAAAGAGAGUCAGACAGAAAGAAUGAGAGAGACAAGGAGAACACAAAAAUUCUAUAGAGGACUCUGGCAUAUUAAAAUGUACAAUUUUUCUGUGUACAGAUGAAAUCUAAUCAGCUGUUUAGGUUUAGAAAUCUACUCUUGCUGGUGUUUAUAAGUCGCAUGAACCUUUGACUUUGAAGAAGUGUUAUCGAAUGCCCACACGCACAUGGGAACGAAAUAAAAAAACAAGGCAGCCUUCUCAUAUGGUUUGAGAAGUGGCUUACCUGGCUAACAAAUCUUUUCAGUGUGUGUGAGGUUUGUUUGUUUUUUUAUUUUUAAUUAUUUUUGUACACUACAACAGAGAAAAAAAUAUAUAUAAAGACAGGUUUUAAAAAGGUAUAAAAAGCACGAAUUUAGGCAACCUAACUGGCCGAACAUACAUGGAGUUGAUUAUAUCUUGAUGUCUGUAAAAGAUUGCUGCUGUUCUUGGAGUCUUGGAGUCUUGUGAAAUGAUUUUCUGCUUUCUUUCUUUAUCUUUUUUUUAAAAAAAAAUUAGGAAAAACCAACCUUUCUUUUCCUUUUUUUGUUGGUGUCUGUUUCUAUUGGACAGUUUUUUGGGAACAUGUGCAUUUCUGUAUGUGGGCUUCUACCAUAUCCCUAUUGUUUUAUGGACAGAACCUUGAAUUUUUUUAUUUAAUCUUAUUGUGCCGUUAUUGCUUCUUCAUCUUUUUCCUCUCCUUCCUGCCAUCCCUUCUUUUUUCGCCUGUUCUUUUCUUUUCAUAAUUGCCUUUUCGUUCAAGGAUAUGCUUAGCAAUAAAAUGUUCUUCCCAAA